CCACUCCAGCGGCGUCUUUGAGGGAUUCCCUCCCGGGCCGCCUCUGCAGCAUCACUUCUGGCUCCGCUGGCGGCAAGUGAGAGCAUGGAUCUCCGAGGAAGAGCCCUUUUCCAGGUUGACAGACUUCCAGUUAUCCUCGUGCUGUUCAACAUAAUGGCUCAAGUUAUGGCAGAACAAGAAGUGGAAAAUCUCUCAGGCCUUUCCACUAACCCUGAAAAAGAUAUUUUUGUGGUGCGGGAAAACGGGACGACGUGUCUCAUGGCAGAGUUUGCAGCCAAAUUUAUUGUACCGUAUGAUGUGUGGGCCAGCAAUUACGUCGAUCUGAUCACAGAACAGGCUGACAUCGCGCUGACCAGGGGAGCCGAGGUGGAGGGCCGUUGUGGCCACAAUGAAUCGGAGCUGCAGGUGUUCUGGGUGGAUCGCGCCUACGCACUCAAAAUGCUCUUUGUAAAGGAAAGCCACAACACCUCCAAGGGACCGGAGGCCACGUGGAGGCUGAGCAAGGUGCAGUUUGUUUACGACUCCUCUGAGAAGACUCACUUUAAAGAUGCAGUCAGUGCUGGAAAGCACACAGCCAACUCGCAUCGCCUCUCUGCAUUGGUGACCCCAGGUGGGAAGUCCUAUGAGUGUCAAGCUCAGCAAACCAUCUCUCUGGCCUCCAGUGAUCCCCAGAAGACUGUCACCAUGAUCCUGUCUGCAGUCCACAUUCAACCCUUUGACAUCAUCUCAGAUUUUGUCUUCAGUGAAGAGCACAAAUGCCCGGUGGAUGAGCGGGAGCAGUUGGAGGAAACCUUGCCCCUGAUUUUGGGGCUGAUCUUGGGCCUUGUUAUUGUGGUAACACUGGUGAUUUACCACAUCCACCACAAAAUGACUGCCAACCAGGCUCAGAUUCCUAGGGACCGAUCCCAGUACAAGCACAUGGGCUAGAGGCCAUUAGAAAGGCAUCCUCAAGUCCUGUCUCCACCUGGAUCAGGUAGAACAAAAGAAACACUUUCCACCUUGUACACGGGAUAUACCAGCAUAGCUACAAUCCAGCAGGCCUGGUAUCUGGGGCUUGCUUGGCCUGCGUCCAUGCUUUAACCCAGGGAUGGUGGUUCCUUGGAUUCAUGGGGUGAAUGGCAGCUGUUCUCCCCAUGCUGAGGAGCGAGGAGGCAGGGGGUCAGCCAUCUUUCAUGCUCACGGUAGAUUGGCUUUGACUGUCCAAGGAAUGACAAACCCUACUUGGAGAGGUUUCUGGCCCCAAAGUUUGGAGACUGGAAACACUUCCUUUGGGAGGAAACCUCUUUAAGUUCAGAGGAAGAGGGGGUGCUUUGCCCCUUAGCCUCAGCUGGCUUACCUACACAAUUUUCAAUGCACACUAAAUACAACCUCAUACUCCCUGCAGCAAGAUCCCUGAAAGUGAUCCAUGCUUCUGGCUGGCAUUCUGCAUGUCUAGUGAUUGUCUUGGGAAUGUUUCACUGCUCCCUGCACCCAGUGACUCUGCAGCACAAGAACCUGUUUAAUGUAACUAUGCACAGUUGUUUGGAAUUCAUAAUGUGUCAGGGCCAAAUGAGAGGACCUGAACAAUCAAUUCAUGUGAGUUUGUUUUGAAAAUGAAUUAAAACACAGUACU